CUCCCGCCGCACCUGCGCCUCACGUGACCUGCGCAGCCCGCGGGGCACCUGAGGGCGGAUCCCGCGCUCGCAGGGGUCCCAGCGGGGAGAAGGGCGGCGCCCGCGGCAGGGGCAGGUCGGGAAGCUCGACUGGGUUCCACCCGCGGAGCGUCCUCUUUCGGGGCCUCUGAAGCCUCCAUUUUCCCGGAAUCCGGUUGUAAGCGCGCCACAGGGGCCGGCGGCGGUGUGGACGGCGGUGAGGCGCGCACCUGAGGCUGGCGGCGUGGACGCCGUCCGAACAGCUGGGGGUGAGCGCCUGGCCCAAGAGGCCGCGCCGCCCGGCUGUCCCCCUCCCGGCUUUGGGUCUCUUGGUCCGCGGAGACCCGGCAGGUCUCGGAGUUGGACACAUUUCCAGUGCUUUCGUGCCGGAGAAGCUGUUUUACAUCCAGUGAGGAACAUGGUGAAACUGCUUCGCACACUGACCGAUCACGGUGAUGAUGUCAACUGCUGUGCCUUCUCCUCUUCCCUCCUGGCCACCUGCUCCUUGGACAAAACCAUCCGCCUGUACUCCUUAGGUGACUUCACUGAACUGCCACACUCUCCGUUGAAGUUCCACUCCUACGCUGUGCACUGCUGCUGUUUCUCCCCUUCAGGACACGUGUUGGCUUCGUGUUCGACAGAUGGGACCACUGUCCUCUGGGAUACUCAGAACGGACAGACUUUGGCAGUGAUGGCACAGCCCAGUGGGAGCCCCGUGCGGGUCUGCCGCUUCUCCCCAGACUCCACUUGUUUGGCGUCAGGCGCAGCUGAUGGAACAGUUGUUUUGUGGAAUGCGCAGUCGCACAAGUUGUAUAGAUGCGGUAGUGUUAAGGAUGGCUCCUUGGUGGCCUGUGCGUUUUCUCCUAAUGGAAGCUUCUUUGUCACUGGCUCCUCGUGUGGAGAUUUAACAGUGUGGGAUGAUAAAAUGAGAUGUCUGCAUAGUGAAAAAGCGCAUGAUCUUGGAAUUACUUGCUGCGAUUUUUCUUCGCAGCCAGUUUCUGGUGGAGAGCAGUACUUUCAGUUUUUUCGAUUGGCAUCAUGUGGUCAGGACUGCCAAGUCAAAAUUUGGCUUGUUUCUACCCAUAUCUUAGGUUUGGAACUAAAAUAUAAAAGUACACUAAGUGGGCACUGUGCUCCUGUUCUGGCCUGUGCUUUUUCCCACGAUGGGCAGAUGCUAGUCUCAGGAUCAGUGGAUAAGUCUGUCAUAGUAUAUGAUACUAAUACUGAGAAUAUUCUUCACACGUUGACUCAGCACACCAGGUAUGUCACAACUUGUGCCUUUGCACCCACUACCCUUUUACUUGCUACUGGUUCAAUGGACAAAACGGUGAACAUCUGGCAGUUUGACCUGGAAACACUUGGCCAAGCACGGAGCCUGGAAGAUCAGCCAAAGCAGUUUACUGAAGAUUGGUCAGAGGAGGAUGUCUCAUCAUGGCUUUGUGCACAAGGUUUAAAAGACCUUGUUGAUGUAUUCAAGAUAAAUAACAUUGAUGGAAAAGAACUAUUAAAUCUUACAAAAGAAAGUCUGGCUGAUGAUUUGAAAAUUGAAUCUCUAGGGCUGCGUAAUAAAGUGCUAAGGAAAAUUGAAGAGCUCAGGACCCAAGUGAAAUCCCUUUCUUCUGGAAUUCCUGAUGAAUUUAUCUGCCCAAUAACUCGAGAACUUAUGAAAGAUCCUGUCAUUGCGUCAGAUGGCUAUUCAUACGAAAAGGAAGCAAUGGAAAAUUGGAUCAGCAAAAAGAAACGUACAAGUCCCAUGACAAAUCUUGUUCUUUCUUCAGUGGUACUGACCCCAAACCGGACUCUGAAAAUGGCCAUCAAUCGAUGGCUAGAGACACAUCAAAAAUAAAGUUGUUUCUCUUGGAUUGCUUGUAUUUCUCAGUGAGCUCAUUUGAAUGAUUCAAGGGUAAUUUUACUUACAAGACAAUAUUAAAGACCAAAAGUGAAAGAGAAAG